UCGGGUCAAGAAUUCAGGUUUCUUGGAGUGGAAGCUGCGCAACGUUGAACAAAGCGAACAGCCUGCCUCUGUGUGACCGACGCUUCGAGUAGUAAUUGAAAACGCUCUUUUGUCUGACUUUGUCUCUGCCUUCGCUAUUUCCCCCCCCCCCUCCCUCCCUCUCUCUCUCUCUCUCUCUAUGUUUUUGUUCCAUAAAUUAACCUAAUCUCUGUCUCUCCAUCGCUUUCGGGCGCGUUUCAAAACCCUCGCCGUGGCGGCGGCGGCGCCACCGUUUACCGGAGAUUUUUUUCUCAGCUACGAGAUGCCUACCUUCACGACGAUCGCUUUGGAGACCUUGCUGGAGCCGAGAGUGAAUAACGCAUUGAAUUCGCACCAACGGAGCUCCGAAACUUAUGCUGUUGUUAGAGAUGAUGGUCGCAAGGAAGAGAAGGCGGAGAAGGCUCGGGGGCCGAAUCACAUAUUUAUAUCGCCGGGUUUGUAUGUGACUCCGGUGCCUGCUCCGAUUCCGGAGGCGUCUUCCGAGCCGGUUUCGCCGUCGCCUUACCUCGUCAACCACAAGCGCCGGCGUGGCGGCGGAGUUGAGGCGGCCUCAGCUCGAUGCUCUGGGAAUGGGGAUGGUGUUGGUGAGGAAGUGGUGGAGGAGGAAGCGGAUGAGCUCUUGGGAGGUGGUGUUGGGGAGAGGGAUGGGGGUUUUCUGGGGGAAGAUGGGGGUGAGUUUCUCGAUCCUCAGUGUGAUGGGGCGAGUGUUGCUAGUUCCGCUGAGGUGGACGAUGUUGGGAGGCAAGCGGAGUGCCGGUGCUGUGUGGGAAAUCAGAGCGAGUUCUUUGACGCUAAUGAUGAUUUCUCCUCUGAUGGGUCUAUUUCAAAUUGCGAACCAAGAAUUGGGUCAGAGUUGCAUGCCUUGAGGCUUAGUCUUCUUGAGGAGAUUGAGAGGCGGAAGGCUGCAGAGUAUGCUGUUGGUCAAAUGUCCAGCCAAUGGGAAAGGCUAGUCAAUGUUUUAUCUCAAGCAGGCUUAACAUUUCCUACACCACCAAAUAAUGCCACUGGAAUGCAACUUGAGCUCAAUGCACUAGAGCAGAUCUGCCAGGAACUUCUUGUUGCCAAAUUUGUUGCUGAAGCAAUAGGAAGGGGUGAAGCACAUGCCGAAGCUGAAAUGGCUGCAGAGACAAUCAUUGAAUCCAAAGUCCAAGAAAUCUCCCGGUUGCGAGACAGGCUGCAAUACUAUGAAACUGUUAAUCGAGAAAUGUCCCAGAGGAACCAGGAAGUUAUGGAGGUUGCAAGGAGGCAGCGGCAAAGGAAGAAGAGCCAGCGGAGAUGGUUAUGGACUUGUCUAGGACUGUCUGUUGCAAUUGGGGCCUCUGUGAUUGCCUAUUCGUACCUUCCACCGAUGAGCGAGCAUCGGCAAUUGAUGAGUUCCAGAGACUCAUCUGAUUGUUCUCACGUUGCUUCAGCGGAAUCAGCAUAGAUUUAUGCAACUCGGUGGUGAUCUGCUGAACUUUCCACAUACGGUUCAGUUUUUUGGUUGGCCAGUGAAGUUGAGGCAGCUACCCAUGGCUGGCUGCUACCACAAUUUUGUUUGUAAUGUGUCCAUCCUGGACUCGAACUGAACUGAAUGCGUGCGCUCAUCUUGUAAUAAUCUUUUGUAGGUAAUAAGCAUACAACGUGCCCUAGACAUGGCAUACCACUGCGGCAAGUCCAUUGUUAUUUCCCAGGUCUGGUUUUGUAUGGCCAAACCUAUAUUUUUUUGCCUUGUA